AUGGCUCUUGCAAUUUGCAGCGCAUCGCCUUGUGCUGAGUUGAGUCCUGUGCAUGCUGAUUCCGAGGACGGCGCGCCUGAUCGUCGCUCACCACGCUACUACAGCAUCCAGCUACAAGAGUUGAGGCACACUAGCGAAUUGGAGGCUUGCCGGACCCAACUUUCGGUUUCCGCUAGGCGUAUCAGCGAUUUGGAACAGCGGUUAGCAGGCGCUAUGGCCGAGCUUUCGCGGAGUAAGGCCGAGGCUCGUGCUGCAGAAGCUAGUUUGAGUGCUGCUAGACGUACUGAGGCUGUUUUGCGUCGUCGGCUUCUUUCGUCUAUGGAAAAAUCUACUAGCGGCGUUACCAACGGUGGCGCUGGUAUAGUAGGAGAAGGAGACGGAGACGCCUGGCAGAGGCUUGCUGAUGCUCAAGCUGAGCUUGAUUUAGAUAUCUAA